AUGUGUAAAUAUGCACUGAUUAAUAAAUGUGAUAGAGGAGAAAAUUGUACGUUUGCCCAUGACAUAAAUGAAUUAAGAAUAAAACCAGACAUGCGAAAAACAAAAUUAUGUAAAAGCUACAUAUUAGGUAAAUGUACAGAUAUUAAUUGUAUAUAUGCUCAUUCUGUUAAUGAGCUAAGAGAAGUUGGUAAACCAGCCAUAUGUCAAUUGCACAGAGAAGGACGGUGUAUUAAAGGAAAUCAGUGCAGAUUUGCACACUCAAUUAAUGACAUAAACACAAAACUUGUUAAGUUUUAUGGAUCAAAUGUAGACAUAGAAUUUGAUGAAGAAAUUAUUCAGAGUAAGAUUCAUAGUAAAAAUAUAUCUAACACAAAUAAUAGUUGUAUGAAUAUAUUAAAUAAAAGUAAUCCUCAAAUAAUGAAUAAAAUAAACUGUUAUGAAAAUGAAGAAAGUGAGAAGAAUGAAUUUAUAAAUAUACAUAAUAAUAAAAAGGAUAUAUAUAAUUUCCAGAUGCAUAUGAACAACAUAAAUGUAAAUGAUAAUGAUGAUAUAAUAAAUAGGGCUAAUUUAGUUGUUCAAAAAAAUAUCACAAGUGGUGAUAUAUAUCUUAAUAAUAAUAAUAAAAGUAAUUGUAAGCUUAAUAUAUGUAAGAUAUAUAAUCAUAAUAAUAAUAAUAAUACUAUUGUUGGUCAUGAAAAGAAAGAAGAAAAUAUAUUAAACAUUUCACAUGUUAAGAAAAAUACAAAAUUAUGUUCUUUAAAUAUUAAAAAUGAACCCAUUCAACAAGUUAAUGAUUUUCUUUUACAUAAUAAUAAUCUAUUAGAAUAUAAAAAAGAACAGAAAAAUUAUUUCAUAUCCCCACAAAAUAUUAUAAAUAAUGAAUAUGAUGAAUGUAACUUAAACAAUAUGUUAAAUAAUAAUUGUAAUAAUUUAAACAUACACACGUCUAUAUGUUUAGAUACAUCAAAUAUGAAUAUUAAUGAACAAUAUUUUGACUUAAAAGAAAAGACUAUGGAUAAUGAUGAGAUUAUAAAUUAUUCAUAUGUAAAAAAUAAAGAUAAUAUGAAUAAAAUAAAUAAUAUGGAAACAAGGUUAAGAAAAAAUAUUAUCAUCCAACCAAAAAAAAAAAAAGAUCUAUCACAUGUAAAUAUUAUUAAUAGUAAUAAUAAUAAUAAUAAUAUGAGUGACAUAUAUGAUGUGAAGGGUCCAAAGAUUAAUGUAAGUAAUAUGAUUAGAUUAAAUGUAGAAAAUAAAUUAAAAAAAAUACAGGAUUGUAAUAAAACAGGACCAGAACUAACAAGCUUACAAAAUAUUAUUACAGAAAAGGAAUAUAUUUAUAAACAGAAUGAUGAUAAGUAUUUAUUUAAUAAGGUAGUAGGAGGCAAUAAUAAAUAUGAAGAUAUAUAUGGAGAUAUAUAUGGAGAUAUAUGUGAAGAUAUAUGUGAAGAUAUAUGUGAAGAUAUAUGUGAAGAUAUAUGUGAAGAUAAUAAUUUGAGAAGGAAAGAUAUGUUUAUAUCCAUGUCAGACAAUAAUAAUAAUAAAAUGAAUGAUGAUUAUAAUGUAAACAAUAAUUCUAACAAGUGUGUUAUAAAUUUUGUCGGAUGUAUAAAUAAGGAAAACCAUAGUGGAACUACAGACGGAGGUGAGACCGAUAAAAGGUGUGAUGAUAAUUCAAAGGUUAAUAAUAAGAAUCAUGAAAUAAUACUAAAUAAUGAGAAUAAUUUUAUAGAUGGUAAUGAUUAUAUUUAUUGUAAUAAUGUCAAUAAGAAUAUCACACAUCUCAAUAAAAAUAACUCCUUGAUAUACUCAAAAGAAGAAUACAAUAUGUUUAGAUAUGAAGAUAAUUUGAUGAGUCAACAGAAUAUAAGUAAGAAAAAAAAUAAAAAUAAUGAUAAGGAAUAUUCUAAUGAUCUUAACAUAAAAUAUGGUAGUCAUUCUAAGGUACAUCAAGAAAUUAAUAAAAUGAAUCAUAUCAAUAAUAUAAACAACAUAAAGCAUGUUAAAAAUAUUAAACAUGUUAACAGUAUUAAUCAUAUAAAUAAUACUUAUAGUGAUCAUGCUUAUAAUAUGGAAUGUUUAAAAAAUAAUCAUAAGCAAUAUUAUGAUCAAAGUAAUAUAAAUCAAUCCAAUCUUAUACAAAUAAUUAAUAAACAGAAAGAAGACGAUAAAAAAGAUGAAGAAAGCAAUAGGGAUAUUAAAUUAAAAGAAAAAAAUAAUGAUCAUUAUGAUGAUGAUGAUGAUAUUAUUAUUUGCUAUAAUGAAGAUCAAUGUUAUGAUAACAAUGAAUAUAUAGGUCUAAAUGAUGAAUGUAUUAAAUCCAAGAAAUUGUCAGAUGUACAGAUUGAAAAAAGAAAUGAAAGUUUAAAUUAUAAAAAUAAUAAUGAAGAUAUGAUAAGUCCAUUAAAUUGUUAUGAUAAUAAAACAGAUCACGAUUUUGAAUAUAUAGAAAAUUUAUAUUUUCAAAGGAUCAAUGAUUAUACAACUAAUGAUAUUACAAAAGAUAUGAAGAAUAAUAAGAAAAGAAAUACAAAUAAAUUGUUUACAUGCAAAGAAUUAUUUCCAAAAAAUAAAGAUUGUUUUAUAUUAAAUAAAAAUGAAAGGAAACAUUCGAGGGAAUAUAAUAUAACCAAUGAUGAUAAUAAGAUAAAUAUUACUAUGUAUUAUAAUAAGGAUAUAAAAUUGAAUGCAAUACAAAAUUAUAUAGAUGUCAUCACUCCAAGAAAUGAUAAUAUUAUAAAUGAUGAUAGAAUAAAUGAUAAUAGAAUAAAUGAUAAUAGUAUAAAUGAUAAUAGUAUAAAUGAUAAUAGUAUAAAUGAUAAUAUUAUAAAUGAUGAUAAUAAUAAUAUUAAUUGUAGCGAAAAAAUAUGUAAUCAUAAUAAUAUACUGUGGAAUAAUAGCAAAAUGUCAAACAAUAAUCAGGAUUCUCCUUUUAGUUAUAUGAAUGUAAGAUAUUUGAACACACAAGAUGGUGAUAGAAAAUAUGAUAAGCAUGAUGGUAAUGAAGAUUUGAAUAAUCUAAUAGAUGUAAAGGAACCUUUACAACAUGCUCUUUGGAUGAACAAUAAUGAACACACUAACAUAAAUAAUAAUUAUUAUGAUAGUUUUUAUAAUAUAAACAAUGUAAAUAAAUUAGAUAAUUUUAAAAUGUGUAAUAUAUAUGAGAAUGAGAAUAAUCCCAUAGAAAUAGAAUCCAAUUCAGAAAUGGUUCUUGUUCAUACAAAUAAUAAUGAUUCCAUCAAUGUUUUCAACCAAUCUUUUAAUAAAAAUAAAAAAAAUGGAAGCUGUCAUGAAAAUGUUGUUCAGGUAGAUGCACAUCAGAUGGUUCUAAAUAAUAUGAAUGGACUAGCUGAUAAGGUUUCUAGAGAUAUGUGUAGGAAGAAAAUAAUUGAAGAUAAAAUAUCAUACGAGGAUGAUAAUAAAAAUGUAUAUGUAAAUGAUUUGUAUGAUAAUAACGAUGUAUAUACUUGUAGUAAAAAUAAUUCACGUGAAUUCAUAAAAAAUGUGGAGAAGAAUAAUGUGAAUGUAAAUAAUAAUAAAUUAGUAAAUUCAUAUGAGCAAUUUAAAAAGUAUGACCAUAUUAAUAAUAGUAUGACUGAUAUAUAUCAAAUAAAUUAUCCGUUUUAUUCUAUCAAUGAAGAAAAUGAAACUACCUUUAGUAACCCUGAAAACAUUAAUUAUAGAUUAUUAGAAGAAAGGAAAAGAAAAAAUUAUUUGAAUAAAUAUUAUAAUGUGAUAAAAUCAAUAGACAAGGAUCAUUAUAUAUAUAAUAUUCCAUUUGGAUCAACUAUUAUCAAUGAUAAUAAUGUUAGAUAUAAUGAUGAAUAUGGAAAUAUCAAAGAAAGAGAAAACAACAAUGGAAGUAUAUGUUCAAAUAAAAACAUAAAUACAAACAUAAAUACAAACAUAAAUACAAACAUAAAUACAGAUGUGAGUUCAAACAUAGAAAAAUGUAACUCCUUUAAUAGCAUGGAACUUCUAAUAGAAAAAGAACAUGCAUUACAAAACAAGAUGAAUAAAACAUAUAAUAUAGAAAAUGAUAAAAAUAAUUUUAGUCAUAUGAAGGAUAUACAAAUGUGGAUGCAUAAUAAAUAUUUUAAUGAAGAAAAAGAGAAUAAUAUAAUUCUUGCAGAAGAAGAAAACGAUAUAUCUACAAAUGAAGAUAAUAAAAUUGUAUAUAUCAAUACACACAAUAAUAAUAAUAAUAAUAAUAAAAAUAAUAAUAUGAAUAGAUUUUAUGAUAAUAAUAACUUAUGGAAUAAGCAACAAGGAAAUGAGAUAAACGAAAAGAAAAGAAGUAUGUGUAAUUUUAAUUAUAAGAGUAUGUCUUUAGAUAAUAUAGAAAGGGAUGACCAAUCUGUCUAUCUAAAUAACAAUUAUGAGAAGGAUUUAUCUGAUUAUUUAAGAAACAAUCAAAAUGACAUAAUAUAUAAGAACCAUUCAAAGGACACCACCAAUAAUAAUAACAACAAUAAUAAUAAUAAUAAUAAUAAUAAUAAUAGUAGUAGUAGUAAUUAUAAUUAUAUUUAUAAUUCUUGGAACCCUUUUCAUAAGAACAAUACAUUUGAUACACAUACAAAUUCUUUUAAUAUUUUAAAUUGUCAUUCCAAUUACAAUAAUUUUGAUAAUAUAGAAAAUAGUAUUACAUCUAAUAUGAUGAAUAAUUUAGAAAACACAAAUCUUCCAAAUAACGAUACAAAUAAAUGUUAUCAAUCUAAUGAACAAAAUUUUUUUUCUCAAUUACAUUGUUAUAAAAAUGAUAAUAUAUUAUUAAAUAAUACACAUUUAAAUAAUAAAAAUAAUUUCUCUUAUGAUUCUAUAAAAAAUGAUUAUAAUAUGUUAGAAGCAUCUUCUAACCAUACAUCUUCUUUUUUAAAUUAUGAUUUAUAUAAAACAGAUUCUAUAUAUAUUACUCCAAGCUCUUUUGAAAAUAUUAAUCCAACACCUAAUGUUAUUAUUAAACAAAAAAAUACAGAUAUUUAUAAAACAACACUUUCUCAAAAAAAAAAAAUUUUUAACAAUGAUGAUGAGAAUAUAGAGCAAGAUAAUUUUAUGGAUAUUCCAAAUGAUUUAAAUUUUAGUUUUUUAAAUAAAAAUGAUUGA